AUGGUGCCUUCUGCCGCCGCGUCGGAAUACAGUUGCGAGUACGCCACACCAAAGUUCUACGCUCUGUGCGGCCUUGGUGGAAUUAUUAGUUGUGGAACUACUCACACUGCCAUUGUUCCACUGGAUCUGGUUAAAUGCCGAAUUCAGGUUGACAAGGCCAAGUAUGGAAACAUUAGGCAGGGGUUCCGCGUUACACUCCAAGAAGGAGGCGUUCGCUCGUUGGCACGAGGAUGGGCCCCUACGUUCUUCGGCUAUUCCAUGCAGGGCCUUGGAAAAUUUGGUUUUUACGAGGUUUUCAAGCACACUUAUUCCGGCAUGCUGUCCGAGGAAAAUGCAUAUCUGUGGAGAACAUCCGUUUAUCUGGCUGCUAGUGCUAGUGCCGAGUUUUUGGCGGACAUUAUGCUGUGCCCUAUGGAAGCUGCGAAGGUUCGUAUUCAGACCAUGCCUGGAUUCGCUAAUACACUCCGCGAAGCUAUGCCUAAAAUGAUCGCCGCUGAGGGAAUGGGUGGUUUUUACAAGGGCAUUGUACCGCUGUGGUGCCGACAGAUUCCAUAUACCAUGAUGAAGUUUGCGUGCUUUGAAAGAACCGUUGAAGCUCUUUACAAAUAUGUUGUACCCAAACCUCGUGCUCAGUGUUCCAAACCCGAACAACUUGUCGUCACCUUUACUGCUGGCUACAUCGCCGGCGUAUUCUGUGCGAUUGUAUCGCAUCCUCCUGACACCAUCGUAUCCAAGCUUAACAAGGACCCCAAUGCUCGUCUCAUGGAAGUGGCUAAAAAUCUAGGUUUACUCGGCAUGUGGUCGGGUCUUUUCCCCCGUAUCAUAAUGAUCGGUACAUUGACGGCGCUACAAUGGUUCAUCUACGAUGGAUUCAAAGUAAUGAUGCGUCUUCCUCGUCCUCCACCACCAAGUAUGCCGGAAUCACUGAAGGCCAAGCUGGAGAAACAACAACAUUAG